GUGCCGCGGAGGUUGAGGACAAGGAGGAGCCUCAGGCUGCGGAGGAUGCUACUGCCACUUAUAUGGCUGAGAGGCAAGCCCACCUCCAACCGGUCUUUCAUCCUAAGGGUCCACCACCUCCGCCUGGCGUUGAAAUCAACCUGAACCCAGGUGGCCUUAGUGAUAUCAGCAACGAGGAGGCGGAGGGAGCGCCGACGGAGACUGCAUCUGCAGCGAGUAGUAUGGAUGAGGAGCAGGAAGAUUCGAAUCUUACACCCGGAGCGGUGCCUACAGCUCCCACGGAAGUUCCUGCGGCAGCCUGUGAUAUACCGGCCCACCUUUACAUAUCCCCUCCACCGUGGGCAGCUGAGGAAGCGGAGGAAUCAGAACAUGGUUUUGAGGACGACCCGCCCAUGGAGACGAACUCUGCAGCUGCAACCGCCACAGGCGAAGACCACGGUAUGGUGGAAGGAGCAGCCGGUGCUGCUGAUGCUAGGCGCCUUGAUCUCGAGCUGGACGACCCGGACUUUCGGCCGGAGCUUACUUCAGGUUCAGCAGAGGAAAGCUCGGAGGAUAGCUUCCUCAAUACCCUCGACUUCGGCUACGCCAAAGGCACCAAAGACUAG